GAAGAAGAAGAAGAAGAAGAAGAAGAGGAAGAAAUUCAAACCAGAAGAAAAGAAGUUUUGCGGAAGAGAGGAAAAAAGCUUUGUGGUGGAAAAUUCUUCAUCUUUCUUGUUUCGGAUCGAUUUUAACUCGGAAAAUCUGGAAACUGCCGAAGAUUCGAUUCGGAGUUGUUCGAAUCUGAGGAAUUUUGUUUUUGUUUUGUUUGUAUCGAUGUCGGGGUUGAUUUGAUCGGAUUCUAGUCAGACACUUCUGGCUUUGAGGAGGAUUGGUGAUUGUAGCUGCGAUUCCGCGUCCUUGUUCAUCGAGACGGAGAUGCUGAGUUGUUGAGAGAUCAAGGAACUCGAUGGACAUGGAUGAGGUAGGCGCUCAGGUGGCUGCUCCGGUUUUCAUCCAGCAAUCCAUUUCUCCGAUCGGGAGAAAACGCGAUCUCUAUUACCAAAUUCCGAAUCUUCACCCGCACUGGCUACCGCAGCCGCAAACGCAUACGCUGCAGCUGAGAGAUGACUGGAACCCUAAGACGUGGGACUGGGAUUGCCGGAGAUUCGAAGCCAAGCCCGUGGAUUCAGAGGUUGUCCGACUUGACGUCAGUGUCAAGAGCAGCAGUAACAGCGGUUUGACUUCGAGGAAUGGUGGCGGCGAAAGUGAAGGAGAUGAAAGAAGCCUUGAUCUGAAUCUGGGAAGUUGUCCGAACCCAGUGGAAGAGACACAACCGAACAGACCGAACAAAAAGGUUCGGCCGGGAUCACCAGGUGGGUCAAACUACCCAAAGUGUCAGGUGGAUUGUUGUACGGAGGAUCUGUCUACUGCUAAGGAUUACCAUAGAAGGCAUAAAGUGUGCGAGGUUCAUAGUAAGGCCUCUAAAGCUCUUGUCGGAAACCAGAUGCAGAGGUUCUGCCAACAGUGCAGCAGGUUUCAUCUGCUGUCUGAAUUCGACGAAGGAAAGAGAAGUUGUAGGCGUAGAUUGGCAGGCCAUAACCGACGAAGAAGGAAAACCCAGCCGGAGGAAAUCAGAACCCGGGCUGUAGUUCCUGGGAACCGUGAUAAUAACUCUAACCCUAAUCCUAAUAUGGAUCUCGUGGCUUUGUUAACUGCCUUAGCUUGUGCACAAGCUGCAGGUAGGAAUGAGGUGAAACCUAUUGAGUCUCCAACUGUGCCAGAUGGGGAACAACUUCUUCAGAUGCUUAACAAGAUAAAUUCCUUACCUUUGCCUACGGAUCUUUUCUCAAAGUUGAACAAUAUUGGAGGCUUAGCCGGGAAGAAUCUACAGCACUCUCUUGCGAAUCCCCAGAAUGAUACGAAUGGAACUUCUCAAUCUACUAUGGACUUGCUAGCUGUUCUCUCUUCAACUUUAGCUUCAUCUUCCCCGGAUGCCCUGGCUUUGUUGUCUCAAAAACGAGACGAGGUUAAUAACAGUGACAAGACUAAGUUAGCUUCUUCUGACCACCCUGGGAUUACUGCCAAUGUGGAGAAGAGAAUUCUGGAUGUUCCUUCCGCUGGUGGAGAGAGGAGUAGUAGCAGUCACCAGUCUCCUUCACAGGAUUCAGAUUCUCAUGUCCAGGACACUAGAUCUAGUUUAUCUCUGCAACUGUUUACCUCAUCACCCGAUAAUGAGAGUGGACCGACAGUGGCAUUUUCAAGGAAGUAUUAUUCGUCAGCAAGCAGUAACCCGUUAGAGGAUAGAUCUCCAUCUUCCUCUCCUGUCAUGCAGGAAUUGUUCCCGUUGCAGACGUCUCCUGAAACCAUGAGGUUGAAGAAUGAAAAGAACACAGGUUUUAGGACUGGGUGUCUUCCCCUCGAGCUUUUUGGUGCAUCAAAUAGAGGAGCUGAGAAUAAUAUAUUCAAAGGAUUUGGGCAUCAAUCGGGUUAUGCUUCUUCUGGUUCUGAUAACUCUCCUCCUAGCUUAAAUUCUGAUUCCCAGGACCGAACUGGGAGGAUAGUCUUCAAACUACUUGGAAAAGAUCCUAGUCAUCUCCCCGGGACAUUAAGAACUCAGAUCUAUAACUGGCUUACUAACAUCCCCUCGGAAAUGGAGAGUUAUAUCAGGCCCGGAUGUGUUGUUCUAUCCGUCUAUGUAGCGAUGUCAGCUUCUGCAUGGCAACAACUCGAAGAGAACUUGCAGGAACGAGUCAGAUUUCUGCUUCAAGAUUCGCGUUCAGAUUUUUGGAGGAACUCGAGAUUUCUGGUCAACACAGGCAGACGCGUAGCUUCAUACAAAGAUGGUAAGAUUCGUCUUAGCAAAUCUUGGAGAACGUGGAAUUCCCCGGAGUUGAUCUCAGUUUCACCGGUUGCUGUUGUAGCCGGGGAAGAAACUACCUUGUUGGUAAAGGGUAGAAACUUGACCAAUGACGGGAUCAAGAUUCGUUGUGCUCAUAUGGGUAAUUACACGUUAUUGAAGGUAGCCGGAUCAGCGUGUAGGAAAGCCGAAUUUGAUGAGUUAAACGUAAAUAGUUUCAGGAUCCAGGGUCCAAGUCACAGUUUUCUGGGACGUUGUUUCAUCGAGGUGGAGAAUGGAUUCAGGGUUGAUAGUUUUCCUUUGAUCAUUGCCAACGCUACCAUUUGCAAAGAGUUGAAUCACCUUGAAGGCAAGUUUCAUCACAGAGAUAUUACAGAACAAGCACACAGUUCUCCGACAUCGAGGGAGGAAGUUUUACGCUUCUUGAACGAGCUUGGAUGGCUUUUCCAGAAGAAGAAGCAUAUGUCCUCUGACUUUCAGGGCGAUUCUGACUUCGCCCUAACCCGAUUCAAGUUUCUUCUUGUCUUCUCUGUUGAAAGAGACUACUGUACUCUCGUCCGAACUAUCCUGGACAUGGUUGUAGACAGGAAUUCGGACAGGGAUGGCCUAAACACCGAGUCUUGGGAUAUAUUGUCUGAGAUUCAGUUACUAAACCGUGCUGUGAAGAGGAGGAGCCCGAAGAUGGCGGAAAUGUUGAUUCAUUAUUCCGUUAACCCCUCACCUGAUUCCUCUAAAAGCUUCAUCUUCCCGCCCAAUGUCUCUGGACCUGGCGGUAUCACGCCAUUGCAUUUGGCCGCUUGUUCAUCGGGUUCAGAAGAUAUGAUUGACGUUUUGACCAACGACCCGCAAGAGAUCGGACUAACUUCCUGGAAUACUCUCCGAGAUUCAAGCGGGCAGACUCCUUACAGCUACGCCGCUGUGAGGAACAACCACGGAUACAAUACAUUGGUGGCUCGGAAACUCGCGGAUAAAAGGAACCUUCAAGUAUCUAUGAACAUCGGGAUCGAGGGUAUUGAGCAGAUGAUGGGCCGGAGUAAGAGUAAGAGAUCGUGUGAGACGUGCGGAACUGUGGCUUUGAAGUACGGGAGAAGGGUCUCGGGUUCGAACCGUUUGUUCCCGACGCCGCUGAUCCACUCAAUGCUGGCGGUUGCGGCGGUCUGCGUUUGCGUUUGCGUUUUCAUGCACGCCUUCCCCACCGUUCGGCAAGGCGGCCAUUUCAGCUGGGGAGGCCUUGAUUACGGCCCAAUGUAAACUCCAAGUGUUUGUUCUUUGGUUUCAGAGAGCUGGUUCAUGAAGUUAAGUUUCUGAAGAAUUUCCGCCGCCCCCCCCCCCCAAAUAGAUAACCUCUCUAAGCUGAAAUUACGAAAUUGCCCUCGGGUGCAGAUCGAGGCUUUAUCACUUGGGGGGGUAUAGAUGGAAUUGGCUGUAAUCAAGAGUUGAAAUCUAAGUUAUGGAUACAUAAUAAUAUAUUGUAAUAUGCUUGGCCAA